AUGCUCGAAAGCCUCGACAGGAGAUUCUUCCAUCUUCGAUCUCUGAGAGUGUUAAAUCUCGACCAGAAUGAGCUCAAGAUUAUCAAUGCUGACUUCAGUCAGCUGGAAACUCUCGAGAUCCUUUCAAUCAAGAGUAACAAGAUCGAGGAGAUUGACUACCGCUUCUGCAACCUCACCAACCUGACCGAGCUCAGCUUGUGCAACAACGAGAUCAAAGAACUUCCGCACUCCUUCGGAAAACUAUCUAAACUUCGAGCCCUGUGGCUGACUGGGAACAGCCUCCGACGUCUUCCCCAUGAAGAGAUCAUCACGUUGGCAGAUUACGAUCCUAAGACUGGCAAGAGAUACAAGAUCUGCGCUAAGGGGAUAGGCUCGCUGACAGAGCUUGAGGAGCUGUUCGUAGAAUGCAACUCCCUCGAGGAGAUCACCAGCGACCUGGCAAACUGCAAGUCUCUGCGGUAUAUCAACUUGAGAAGGAACAUGAUCCGCGAACUGCCACCAGCGCUGUCAAGACUGGAGAAUCUACAGUGUGUGUCUGCAAGUUCAAACAGAUUCAACCUGUUCCCCGAGUGCUUGUUCAACUUACCUUGCCUCUCUACCCUCGACCUGAGUUACAACAAGAUUCAAUCUCUGCCAGAGUCCGUCAUGAAAGCUACAUCCCUUACAGAUCUGGACCUUUCGAACAAUCCCUUGAGACAGCUGCCCAGCAUCGUCAGCAUGACCAACAACCUCUUGUUCCUACGGACUGAGAACUGUCGCAAAACUCUGGAUGGCAAGAUUAUCGGCCCAGACUCGAAGCCGCACGUGCAGUUUGCAGAGCAGACCCCUGAAAGCAUCACUGUAAGGGAAGCAGAGGCUCGACCGAGUGAGCUAACUCUGAGCUGA